UCUAUGAGUGGUAUUAACCUGUUGGCUUAAUGUCCAUAGUGAAAUAAGCUAGCUAGCUACAGACUAGUGUUAGCCUACAUUUAAUCACCAUUUAAUAAGUGCAGGGAAACGUUUAGCAAGAUAUUCAUAUUCAAUCAUUGUCCCUGCCCCUUUUAGCAGACUCACCAACAGAUGACUCAGCAGCACCCCAGUCUCCCCCUAACUGUGCCCCUCCCUGUCCCAGUGAAGAAGAAACGUCUGCUACGGAGCCAUAACGUGAGGUACAAGAAAAUGCCAAGAAAAAGAGUCAGAACAACGACCAGAGGGCAGGUGCCGCCUGCUACAUAUAACAGGGCUUAUGCUGAGGUGAUGGAGGGAGCCAGCAUCAGAGAGGCAGCAGAGAGGCAUGGCGUUAGCCAUGUCACUCUGUCUAGAUUUGUGAAGAGGAGAGCAGAGGCACAGCCAGGGACAGUGAUGGUUACCCCUCCAGGGUACUGGACCCCUAAUAAUAGGGUAUUCACACCCAAUCAGGAGGGAAAGCUGCAGGCCUACCUGAAGAGGGCGGCUGCAAUUUACUUCGGCCUGAGCCCCAGAGAGGUACGAAAGUUGGCCUUUGAAAUUGCAGUGAGGUACAGCUGCAAGUUCCCUCCAUCCUGGGGGGAGAAAAAAAUGGCCGGGAAGGAUUGGUUCGCCUCCUUCAUGGAGCGGAGUGGGAGCCUCUCCAUCCGCCGUCCCCAGGCGACAAGUAACUCCCGCCUGACCAGUUUUAUUAGGACCAAUGUGGCAGCCUUUUUUGCUAAUUUAAAGAUGGUCCUUGACCGCCACAGCUUCCAGGCCAAAGACAUCUGGAACAUGGAUGAAACCGGAGUUAUAACCGUCCAGGUGCCGCUGUGCCGGACAGGAUUGUGGCUGCCAAGGGGCAGCGGCAGGUUGGGGCAGUGACCUCUGCAGAGAGAGGGACACUGGUCACCUUUGCCCUUGCAGGAAAUGCACAGGGUGAAAUUAUCCCUCCGUUUUUCAUUUUCCCCAGAAAGAGAUUCCAACCACAUUUCCUCAGGGGGGGUCCAGUUGGCUGCGCUGGAUCUGCGAGUGGCAGUGGGUGGAUGCAGGAGGGGACUUCAUGCUGUACUUUGGCCCACUUUGCCAGCAACACCCGGGUCAACAAGGACUCCAAGCUGCUGCUCCUCCUCGAAAAUCACGCUUCCCACCUUCCUCUUGGAGCCAUCGACUACUGCAGGGAAAAUGGAAUAGUUUUACUGUUUUUCCCUCCUCACUGCACCCACCGUCUGCAGCCGAUGGCCUGUAGCGUCUUUGGUCCAUUGAAGACCUACAUCAACUCGGCCGCAGACCAGUGGAUGAGAGGCCACCCAGGGAUAAACCUCUGCAUUUAUGACGUGCCAUCUGUUGUUGCAGCAGCCUUACCUCUGGCAGCGCAGGCUUCAAAUGUCAUCUCAGGGUUUUCUGGAACCGGGAUCUGGCCCUUUAACCCUGAGAAAUUCAACGACGAUGACUUUGCGCCGUCAUACGUUACUGACCGUCCUCCUCCCAAGGCUCUUUCCCCAGCAGGUGACGAGGUCCAAGAGGCUGGAAACGCUACUCCAGUCUCUGACGAAGAAUUCAGCCCGGAGAUUGUCCGUCCUUUCCCCAAGGCUGGCUCUAGAAAGACUACAAUGAGAAAAGGGAGAAAGAGGACAACUGCAAUACUUACAGACUCUCCGGUGAGGGCAGCUUUGGAGGAGGCGAAACAGCGUCGACCUAAGCCAUCCUCCAAGCCGUCCCAGCAGUACGGGCCUCAAGCAGUGUGGUGUCGGUUUUGGCUCCCAGGAAGCGGGCAGUGAGCUCCAGAUCCUGCAGCCGCAGACAGACUCUGCUGCCGCUUUAGCUUCUCUCCGUCCGCCGGCUGCCGGCAAACGCAGUGGAAUUUCCAGCCGAAAUCUACAUACAGGUCGUCCUGGACUACGUGGAAAAUCCUGCCAAUCACCACUCUGUCUUUGGCCGGUCCCAUAUGGAUCAGUGGGGACCGGCACAGCAGCGAGGCAAAGCGGUGUUCCUGCCCGGGGAAAAAGACGCUGCCGUUGGGCCACGGAACUCUCCACCUCUCGCUGCCGCCGGAGCUCAGAUUGCAGGUCCAAGGCGGCAUAUAUAUCAUAAAACACAUUCUCACCUGUGAACUGUUAUCCCUUGCUGUUUUUUUUUUUCAUUUCUUUCGUUCCAACAUCCAUAAACAGCACAACAGUCUGGCAUCUUUAGUGCUAGCUAAUCCUGCGCCACUGAACUCUACCUAUCGAUCUGCGCUCGAUUGCUCUUCCUUCAUCCUCCAACUACCCAGAUGU